GAAGCAGCCCAAGUCUGAGUCUGCCCAGAAAAACCACGAGUCAUGCACGAAACUCGCCGAGAAACGAAAGACGUCAGAGACGUCGUCAUCGGAGAGAGAUAUAAGAGAGAGAGGCGUUGGAUGCUUUCCCUUCCUCACUUGUUGAUGAUCCGCUCCCCAUCUUCCUUCUGGCGUCUACACCGGACGGGAAUCGAAAGCUGUAGUUUCCAGAACACCCAACAAGCGCAGCAACCGCACGCGCAAACGAAGAAAACGACAAGAAAAAUUCCCGUUCUGUCAUUCUAUCGGGUCACCUGCUUCACUGAAGAUGUCGAAAGACAAACAAAAGGUUUCUAUUUCGAAGUUACUGUACGAACAGCAUGGUCAACAUUCACAAUCGAGCGUCUCCGAAGACGGCGCUAGGCGACAAGAAGCGCCAGGAGCACCGCAAAACACACCACCAGGUCCGCCAACUCCAACUCGGUCAAUGUUGCCACCUCCUCCCCUGCGAAAGGAUGAGACAAUAGGGGCGGAGGCAUCCCCUCGCCGAAUCGGUCACCCUGUCCACAAAUCACAACCGUCUACAGGAGACGAUGAAGAACGCUGGACGUCUCCUUCCAUUCCAUUCGGCGGUCCCACUGACACCGAGGGGACGCCACCAGGCGAACUCUCCUUUGUAGACAAUCAAAGAUUGCGUACUAUAAAGCGGGAACCUCCCAUGAGAACGGAGUCUUUACUGGAACGGAGGCCACGGACCACCGAGGAGCAGUCCGAUAUUGACAGGCAAAAGCAGGACCCAGUUCUACGGGAAGCCGCUCAGCGUCUAGUUGACUUCGUCAUCAAGGAGGCCGCAGACUGUGCCAAAGUGAUCAGUGUCCAGAAGGCUGUGCCAAGGCCAGCUGGAGAACAAGGAUCUCUUCUCAAAUGGGAUAAAGGAAGACGAGACGGUCGCUACGGGAUUUCUUUGCCCAAUGUCGUCAUAAGCCUAGUAUCUGACGAAGCCAGAGAGAUGGAAUCGGCAGCACCCAGAGAACAGUUUGACAUAAAAGAUUCUAUGCUGUCUCUAGCCAAGAAGAAGAAACUGCUGUCGCGCCUAUGGCGUGGUCGAGGCGCAACACCCGUGGCGUCACCUGUCUCGGGAUCAAUGUUGACUCAGAGUCUUCCUGCGGAGGAAGAAAAAGGAGGCAGAGCCAGCAGAACGAGCUCCAGGUCUGCUUGGAGAAGUGUCUCGUUCGUGCAGCAUUUACUGGAGAUGCCGCGGAGCCAUAACGUGCUCGAGUGGUCAUUCUCAAAGAUCGUCGUCAUCGACAUAAUUCGAAACCGCAAGGACGACCUGGUCUGCAGCGCACGUCAUACAUUCUCCGGGGAAUGGGCCAUCCUUAAGAUCGUGUGGAAGAAGCGAUGGAAAUUAUUCUCUAGAGGUCGCGCCAUUGCUAGAGAGCGCAAGACAUGGGACGCCGUGUCGUCGUGCCAGUUCAUCGUGGGCCUCAAGAGUUUCUUCUCGACUUCACGAUGCUACUGCUUUGUAGCAGAAUAUUACGAGGGCUGCACACUGCAGAGCCUUCUGGAUGAGGGCGCCCUGAGGGACGACGUCAUUGUCAAGUUGAUGUCCCAGAUCACUUACGCCAUCAAGUACAUCCAUGACAGGGACUUGAUGUUCCGCAACUUGUCACCGCAUAACAUCCUGGUGGACAUGCAUGGAACUGCACGACUGUUCGAUUUUGGGUUUUGCUCCGCUGGCAAGUCAUCGAGCAGCCGUGUGGGCUCCAUUCCCUAUAUGGCACCUGAAGUACUACGAAUGGAAGUGUACGACAAGGCCUCAGACUACUGGUCGCUGGGGAUUCUGAUCUACGUAAUGUACGUCCGCCAUACGCCCAUGUCCAUCUACUCGGCCAAGACUAACCUGGAUCACUGGGUGGACAGGGCAUAUAUGUAUCAAUAUGCGGAAGUUGUGCCCAUCAUUCUACCAACUCAUCUUCACGACACAGCAAAGAGCCUCAUCUCUGAUCUCCUUGUCGAGAGGCCACGACUACGCAUCGGUUGUCGCUCCACAGGGUUUUUCGAGCUCAUGAAGCAUCCUUACUUCAAGGGCGUUGAUUGGGAGGCCUUCGGAAAGAAGAAGAAACUGACCACCCGAAACGCCCCAAGAGGUCGUGUUCGCGUCGGAUUUGUCUAGGUCACUGCUGAUCCACACGGCGCACCCUUUUACGGCAUUAUUUGCUCGCAUUGUGCCGCAAUUUAAGACUGGUGUCCUGAAACUGCCUUAUUCCACUGAGAAGUGCCUUCGCGUUUCAUGUAAUGAGCAUCAGUGCAAUUUUAGCGAAGAUCACGCGACGAUACAUACACGCACUUGUAAAGGGGAGUGUCUGGUAAGAACACUAAUCUGGGUUAGGUAACAAAUUUGCAUAGAAGCAUGAAAUGCUGUAGGAGUGCAGGUGUAAUACUAAAAGAUUGCAAACAUCCAUAUUCAAUCACUUUGGCAAUGAAGCUAUAGUGCUAGAGCUGUUCUUCAUCCCUGUAAAGAAUGCUUCUUCAUAUCAGAACUACUUCCGCAGUGAAGACAACGUCACAAAAGCCACAUGGAACAAAAAUAGCCGCUGUGCAGCGCUAUUUUCGUUGUACCUUUUAGCGCUAUACCUUUCGUUCAUUUUGUAAAGCUUUGUUUCUGAUAGGUAUGCGUCAGACAAGACAGUCCAGUAGUUGGCAGUAGGGUCUGUUGAAAUGCAGUGAAAGCAAAUCAACCUCGGGAAAGCAGUCUUUACUUGUAUCUUUGCUCUUUAUUUCGACAACAGGUAACACUUGUUCAAGUAGCAAAGCCUACAACUACAUUGGUACAUUCUAAUUUCUGUACACUGUGCAACUUGAGCAAACUGAAAAACGGUUCACAUUAUUCGUCGCUUCUCGUGCAUUCUGCCCGUGGGGUACGAGAACCACAAUGGAAAUUUUCAAUGGCACCAAGCUGAGUCCAGUGAGCGGUUGUACCCGAAAGGCAGUUCUAAGCCUCCAAUCCGUGGAACAUAUCACAGACAACCAUAAAUACAGCAACAACCCCUGUUACAGACGGUACUGUGGUCAUGAAUAAAGCGUUAACUAUGGCA